AUGGCGCCUGUCGAAACUGAGUACUACGAUGUGCUGGGCGUGCCUACAGAUGUCAACGACACCGACCUGAAGAAAGCAUAUCGUAAAGCUGCUAUGAAGUAUCACCCGGACAAAAACUCUUCACCAGAUGCAGAGGAGAAGUUCAAGGAGAUGAGCAAGGCGUACCAAGUCCUGUCGGACCCUAAUCUGCGAGCCGUCUAUGACAAGAAUGGCAAAAAGAUGACGGAGUCUGAAGGUGGCGUUGGCGUCGAUGACGCGGCAGGCUUCUUCGCGAAUGUAUUUGGAGGAGAACGGUUUAUGGACUACAUUGGCGAAAUCACCCUCAUGAAGGAUAUGACUUCGAUGGCCACAACUAUGAUGUCGGAAGAGGAGAAGGCUGAGAUGGAGAAAGAAAUGAAUGGUGGCGCCACGACCCCUCCCGCAGCUUCGGCCUCAUCUCCCACAACCCCACCUCGUCCUGCUCAUACACCCCGUGCACCUUCAAAGGCCGAUCUAUCUGGCGAAACUCUCCAGCCUGAUCCUUCGACCGCUCCCGCUGCUGCCAAACCGCCACCAGAGGCACCUCCACGUUCGUCGACCUCCAUGGUAACGUCACCUGCAGGUACACCGAUCAAUUCUGACGCAGAAAAGAGGCGCGCAGCGAAGAAGAAGUCUAAGUUGACUCCGGAACAGAGGAAACAGAUGGAGGAGCUAGAGGCGGAGAGGAAGAAAGCUAUGGCGCAGAGAGUCAAGAUGUUGACAGAUAAGUUGAUUGAGCGACUGAGACCGCUUGUAGAGGCCAAGCAUCCUGGUGACAAGGACGACGAGGAGACGAGACUGUUCGAACAGAGGAUAAAGACGGAGGCCGAUGAUUUGAAGCUAGAGAGCUUCGGACUACUGAAUGCGAUCGGCACGGUCUACAUGUCGAAAGCUACGUCUUUCCUUAAGUCGCGGAAAUUCCUUGGAAUCCCAGGGUUCUGGUCUCGGCUCAAGGAGAAGGGGACGAUGGCGAAGGAUGCAUGGGGAGUUAUCGGCAGCGCUUUGAGCGUGCAGCAGGUUAUGCAGGAUAUGGAUCGUAUGCUUGCUAAGGGCGAGAUACCUGAGGAAGAGAUGAAGGCACUCGAGAUGGACGUGACCGGGAAGAUCAUGCUUGCGUCAUGGCGAGGGACACGAUUCGAGGUAGUCCAAGUGUUACGAGAGGUGGCGGACAACGUAUUAAAGGACCAUUCGGUAUCCGAUCAAGUCCUCUACAAUCGGGCAAAGGGUCUCCUCAUCAUUGGAAUGAUCUUCAAGAACACUGUACCGGACGAAUCCGACGAGGAGCGACGCGAACUGGAACGGAUGGUAGCAGAAGCUGCUGCUGGGAAGUCGAGGCGUAACAAAGAUCCUCGUUCACACCACGGCGUGAAACCCGCGAAAGCAGAAGACACUAGUACCCCGACUAGCGAGUAUCCACCAGAGAAGGCUACGUUCACGCCUGAGAAAGGUCCGGCGCCCUGA